CAGCCAAUGAGGAGUGAGAGUGAGCUGGAGUGGGCUUUCCGGGAGAAACUGAGGUGCAGUUGCCGGCCAGCCGUGUGAGUGAGCGCUGCUAUCGGGAGACAUACCGGCUGUCAGAGCAUUCACCAUGUGGACUGUGUGCGCCCUCGCCGUGGCCGGGGUCCUGGUGGUCCUACCGGGAGGUGGCCGAGCUCUGAAAGAGGGGGAGUGCGAAGUGUGUGUCUCAUUCCUGGAACGUUUUUACCAGUCCCUGAGGGAGAAGAAUGUGGAGUUUAAGGCAGAUGUUGUUGAAAAGGAACUUCUAAAAACCUGCAACGAAGCCAGAGGAAAAGAGAACCGACUGUGCUACUAUAUUGGGGCCACCAGUGAUGCUGCCACCAAGAUCACCAACGAGGUGUCAAAACCUUUGAGCAACCAUAUUCCAGCUAAAAAGGUCUGCGAGAAGCUAAAGAAGAAAGACGGUCAGAUCUGCGAGCUGAAAUACGAUAAACAGAUUGACUUGAGCACAGUGGACCUGAAGAAGUUAAGAGUCAAAGAAUUGAAGAAGAUCUUGGAUGACUGGGGAGAAAUGUGUAAAGGAUGCGCCGAGAAGUCUGACUACAUCCGUAAAAUUCACGAGCUGAUGCCCAAAUAUGCUCCCAACGCUGCCAAUGCACGGACGGACCUCUGAUAACCAUGGAGCCAGAGUAUGGACUCAUUCUCCAGGCUUGGGAGCCAGCAGACGGACUGACCCCUGUUCUAGGUUUUGUUUUACUUUUUAAAAAAUAGCAAUUUAUUUGUCAUCUGUUAUCUUUAUUUGGGAAAGACACGGAGUUCAGGAGAUUAUACUCUGCAGUGACGUUUGCAGAGAAGUGGAACAUUUUUUUUUUUAUUUAAUAUACACAUUUUGUAAGUUAUUAGAAAAAAAAAGUUAUUUUCUGAGAUGUAUGGUUGUUUUAUUUUUUUUAUUUUUAGCAUGUCUUUUGAGUGGUGGUUUUUUUUUUUUCUAUGAAAAUAAAAGAAUCCACUCUGGGUUUUGCUAUGCUAAGCCAGAAUACAGUCUCUCUUCCAGUCACCUACUAUCCCAGUCUGCUGCCUAUUUCAUAUCACUUUGCAACGCAUUGUGGAUUGAAAGGAAUUUGGGCCCUGCAAGGGAAGGGACCUUGAUGCUGCCCUAUAAUCACAGCGAAGCUCCACAUGAAAUGCUUUGAUGUGUCUGAAACAAGAACGUGAAAACAGUAUUUUACCAUACGACUAACACCAUUACUACAGGAAAUCAUGUUUCUUCCUUGCAGAAGGAUUAUCAUAGCCAGAUUUUGUUUGUACAUAGGUCAGUUUGGGAGCAUUCACAAUUCAAAAUGAAAUUCUUGUCUAUGUUUAAGCCCUUUCCUGUUAAAACAUUUAUAUAUAUAUAUAUAUAUAUCUGUGCUUUCAGUGACUCCAUGGAUUAAAAAUGGUUAUUUCUAUAGUAA